GUUCAUGACAACGACAAACAUUAUUACUACAGACGUCAGCCAUUUUGAAAUUGUCAGGGCCGUAAUGAAAAUCGAAAAAUAAAAUAAUCAUUAAUCCCCUCCAAUUUGACAGUAUUCUAAAAUUAAUACUUCUUUUAUUAUUGUAAUGAAAUUUCGAUUCCGCAUAUAAAGAGUAAUUAUGAUGAAUAAAAAUAUGUUUUAAUAAUAAAUAGAAUUAUUUAAGUGAUUCAAGUGUUACACUCCUGCGCCACGACUACGAACUACGAAGACGACGACGACGACGACUGUCUGCCACGAUGGCCGAGGAGGCUGCUGCUGCUGAAUCAAAGGAUCCACCAGCAAUGGAAAAAAAUAUACUAGAGAUCUGUCAAGACAUCCAAGUGUCAAACAUAAAUGACGUGGAUGCCAUUGAAUUUCAGGCAUCAGAAGUUAUAUCAAGGCUUGAAGAAGCUGUUGAAAAAAAUAGUGAUAAUAAUGGUUCUGGUUCAACAUGGAAUAAUCCAUCUGGUUUUUUAUCAAGUCCAAAAAGUCCAGAAACAAUAUUGUCAUUAAUUCAGGAUCUUAUAAUUCACGAAGAUGUAUCACAAUCAUCUGAUGAACAAAAUCAAGAUCAUCAAAUUCAAAUAAUAAAUUUACCAACAUUAACUGAAGCAACAAAAUUAUCAUUAAUAACACAUUCAGUAUCUGCUUAUGCAUUAGCAUUACCACGUAGUCAUGCACAACGUCUUGCUGGACGUUUAUCUGCUGAUACAACAAGAUGGUUAAGUCAUAUAUUUCGUUUUGUUGAUUGUGCAUCAUCAUUUCAUGAUGAUCCACUUGAUGGUCUUGUACGUGUAACACGUUUAGCAUUACAUCGUAAAUAUCCACAAUAUAUGGAAGAUGGUUUUACAGCAUUAUCAACAAAACCACCAUUAAUAUAUAGUUCAUCAUCAGCACCAUUACGUGUUGUACAAUAUUUAUGUCGUCAAUUAUCAUUACCAUUAAAAUGUAUACGUCCAAUACCACAAAAUACAAUGUUUGGAUCAAAACAAACAAUGGAUGUAUCAGCAUUAGAACGUAAAUUAUCUGAAGAUACUAAAUUAAAUAAUUCAAUACCAUUACUUGUUAUUGCUGAAGUUGGAUCAGUUAUAACUGGUCAUUGUGAUAAUGUAUUAAGAUUACAUGAAAUAUGUGAUAAAUAUAAUGUAUGGUUACAUAUACGUGGACAUUCAUUAGCUGCAUUAUCAUUAACAAAUACAACAAAAGAUUUAUCAUCUAAAAUUGCUGAUAGUAUUACAUUACCAAUUGGUAUUUGGCUUGGUAUACCAGCACUUCCACAUGUUACAUUAUACAGAUUAACUGAUACUAAAGGUGGUAGACCAACACAACGUGAUACAACAUUAUCACUUGCAUCUGGUUUAAUGACUGAAUCAUUAUCAAGACGUUUACCAACAUUACCACUUUGGGCUGCAUUACAAGUUCUAGGACGUGAUGGUAUACAAGAAAAAUUUAAUAGAUGUUUUCAAGCAAUUGAAGAAUUAUAUUUACAAAUUAAAAAAUAUCAAACCAUCAGAUUUCUUAGUCAAAUACCAAGUGGUGAACUUGGUACAUAUACAACAAAUGAUUUACCAUCAUCAAUAAGUUUAACAAGUCCACAAAUAUUUGAUGCUGUAUCAAGUUCAAUUGUAUUUCAAUAUGUACCAUCAAAAUUUUCAAAUACAAAUGAUAAUAAUAAUAUUCAAACGACAAAUGAACAAAUACCAGCAUAUUUUGAUAAAUUAAAUUCAUGGCUUGGUCAAAUAUUACAACGUGAUAUUGAUAAUGUACCAAUUGAACUUGUUGAUAUUGAUGAUUAUGGUAUUGCAAUACGUAUAUGUUUUCUUGAAAAUAUGCCAUUAUCACCAACUAAAAAUGAUAUUGAUAAUGUUGUAUCAUGUCUUGAUCAACAAAUUGAAAUAUUAAAUGCAACAGUUGAACAUAAAGAAACAUUUAUACGUCUUGUUACAGAAAAUGAAUCAUUACAAUUAGUUGAUAUGCCUGGUUGGGCUGGUUUAGGUGGUGUUAGAUAUACACCACCAGCAUGGAUACAAUUAAUGACAGAACAAACAAAAGAUGAAUUAAAUAAAUUAAAUAUACAACUUGUUGAUGUAUUAAGAAGUACUGAUGCUGCAUUUUCAUUAGGUGAAGGUAAUGAUAAUUUAGCAUGUGUACGUUUUGGUAUGGUUACACAAGAUACAGAUGUUGCUGAAUUAUUAACACUUGUAUUACAAGUUGGACAAGAAGUUGAAGCUAAUUCAAAAUUACUUGAUACAAUGUCAGAAGUUGUUAAACGUGGUAUUGAAGCAGCACAAACUGAUUUAGAACGUGAAAAUGCUGAAAAAUUAUGGAAUGAUGGUAUAUUAAGACAUGUACCAGUUGUUGGUAGUUUUGUUAAUUGGUGGAAUCCAGUUGCUAAAGAAACUGGUGUUAGGGGUAGAAGUUUAAAUUUACAAGCUGGUGUUGUUGAAUCAACUGAAAAUAUAUAUAAAUAUCAUAUGCAAUUACAACCAAAUACAACAAAUUCAACAAGUUCUGGAGCUAGAACACCACCACAACCACUUGUACAAACACUUGUUGGUGCUGGUAGUCAAAGUCACAGUCGUUCAUCAAGUCAUUCCAGUUUACAAAGUGGAAAAGGUGUUACACCAAAUGCCAUUACAAAUAUUUUAAAUACUGUUGCACAAGUUAAUGAAGAAACUUCAACAACGUAGUUGGUAAAAAUUUUAUUUUACCACUUUGUAUAAUUGUAUUAUUUUUUUUUUUUUAAUCAUUUAGCUUUUUUUUGUUGAUCUGUUCUUUUUUUUUUCUUUUCUUUUGUUAUGGAUCUUGAUUGUUAUUUUAUUUAUCAAAUUAUAAAUUUAAUAACAAGAAAUUAUGUAUAUGAAAUUAUGUUUUUUUUAAAAAAAAAACAAUUCGUAAAUAUUUUUAGUUUAAUAAUAUAUUUUUGCCUUUAGAUAUUGCUCUUAGUAAUGUACUUAUUCAAUAAAUAUAUUGAAUUAAAUUUAAAAAGAAAUAAUAUUUUUAAACUUUAUACUAUUCAUUGAUAAUAAUUAUUGAUUUUUUUUUUUCUUCUUUAUAUCUAAUCAGCAAUAAUAAAAUUCUCAAUUAUAGAUUUUAAAAAUUCUUAAUAUUUUUGCAAAUACAAUGAAAAUUCCACCGGCUAUUUUUUCAAUCCUUAUGUUAAUUUAUUUAUUAAUUAUAAAUAAAUAAAUGGUAAAUUAAUUUUUAAAUUCUUUUUCACAAGCACAAAAUUUAAAUAUUAUUUUUUUAUAAUUAUAAUUUAAUAUUUUUACCAAAGACUUUCUGGCUGGUUUGUUCCAUAACCAAGCUUGAUAAAAUAACGAUCAUUCGAAGGGUAUGAAAAAAUAUAAAUUAAACGAAU